AUGGAUGGAAAUCGUAGGUUUGCAAGAAAGAUGAAUUAUAAACAAAGUCGUGAAGGUUAUUUCAUGGGUUAUGAUAAACUUCAAGAGGUAUUGAAUAUAUGUUUGCACCUUGGAGUCAAAGUAGUUACUAUAUAUGCAUUUAGUAUUGAAAAUUUUAAACGCCCAAAGGAAGAGGUUGAUACGCUUAUGGAACUUGCUAAAAAUAAGUUUGUAGAACUAUGCGAAAAAAGAGAUGAAAUCACUUCAUCUAUAAAAUCUGCUAUAAAAUUAGUUGAAAAUAGUCAUAUACAAAUUAGUGUUAUAAAAAUUGUUAUAUUCACUGUUAAUUGUUUUUGGCCGGAAUUUUCACUUUGGGAAAUGUUACCAAUUAUUUUAGAAUAUCAACUUAGUUAUAAAUCAUUAAAGGAAAAAGAUCAAAGUCCGGGUUGUAAAUUGCCUCUAGUCUGUCUUAAUAAAUAA